AUGCCAAGCUUCAUCUGGCUGCAAAAGUGCAUCCCGCUGCGCGCAGCUGGCGCGACCAACAUUCUGCGCGCCACUUUGCACUUUCGACCAAGUGCAGUAGUAUUUGACGAAAUGACUCGACCUACCGUGAGUUUGACCGAUAGCCCGGUCCUCGAGGCCAAGAACGCGACACUGCGCACGUCGAUUGAAGCCCACGUGGCGUGGCACGGCGACCCCGCGCGUCUCUCGGACCGCGACCGCCUCACCCACGAGCGCGACCGCCUCCGGUCGCAGCUCGCCCGCGCCCAAGACAUCCGCCUCGCGACGGCGUCCGUCGUCGGCUGCCGCAAGCGCGUGUGCGACGGCACCCACUGCGCCGAAUUCCGCAUCCAAGUCGUCACGAUUGCCCACGGAACGCUCUAUACGUGGCACUCGGAGGCCAAGUUCCGGGCCCUCGCGUCGAUGCUUACGGCCAGUGGCGCCAUCGUGCCCGACGUGCCAUCCACCGAGGUGCGCCGGUUCACCGAGACUGCGCUGCGCGAGCGCAUGCAGCUACUCGACGCCUUUUUGGCCAGCAUCUGCGACAACAAGUCGCUCGAGUGGGGCGUCCGCGUGCACGACGACAUUUGCGUCUUCCAGCUCCAAGCCCGCGCCAAGGCGACGCGCUACUCGUCUUCCCAAGCGGCCCAAGUACGCGCGAUCUUGGCCGACAUGACUGAAGACCGCGACGUGCACGACGAGUUCAAGCACCUGCGCGCGCGCCUUGCAGCGUACACAAGCGGCGACGUCAACACGAUCUUGGCGGCCGAGACGAGCGCGCUUCAAGACGACGUCGCGCUCCUUCGGCGCCUCGUGGCGGCCGGUGACCGCAUCUACAUGCUCAGUGCGCGCGUGGUCGAGAGCCGUAAGGCCACACGCCACGGCCGGCCCAUCGACGAGUACAAGCUGGCGGUCGAGACCAACAGCCAUGGCACGCUCACGCUCUGGCACCGCUACAGCACCUUGUACCACUUGCGAACGCUCAUGCAGACCAAGUACGGCGAUCGCGCGAGCGGCCUUCCGUCGCUCCCAAAGCACAGCGUGUUUACCGUCCUCUCGGAGACGUGUAUGGCCGACCGCGUCGCCAAGCUCAACGCGUACCUUGCCGCCGCCAUGGCCGACGAGACGCUGCAGUGGGGUCUCCGCAUCGACGACGACACGCGCGUCUUCAAGUACCAAAAGCCACGACGGACGCACAGUCGCGUCUCGGCCGCGUCGACGGCCGGCUCGUCGGACGACGACGAGGCGUGA